AUGGCGUCGCGUUUCUUUUACGGCAGCGGCAGUGACAGCGACAGCUCGUCUGAUGAGGAGGAGGAGGUCUACCAAUCCGGCUCCGGCAGCGAGGAAGAUUCUGACGUUGAUGACUCCGACUCCGGUUCCAGCAGCGACAGCGACAGUGAUGGCGAGGAGGGCCGCACCGGUGCCUCCAAGUUCUUGCACGAUGACUCCGAAAGCGAUGAGAGUGAGGAGGAGGAGAAGGUUACAAUCGUGAAGUCCGCUAAGGACAAGCGUCUCGAGGGCAUCGAGAGCACCAUCCGCCUGAUUGAUAACGCCCAGAAGAUCAACGACUGGGCCGUUAUUGCUACUGAGUUCGACAACCUGAACCGCCAGAUGCUGAAGGUUACUGGUCCCACCCCCAAGGUCUACAUCCAGGCCGUCGCGGAACUCGAAGACUUCACCAACGAGACUGCUUCCAAGCAGAAGGCCUCGAACAAGAAGAUGAACGCUAGCAACAGCAAGGGCUUCAACGCGGUCAAGCAGAAGAUUAAGAAGAACAACAAGGAAUACGCCACCCUGGUCGAGAAAUACCGCGCCGACAAGGAUGCCUUCAUGGCGGAUCAGAAGAUCGAGAACUUCGCUGCUGCCGCCGCUGCUGCUGCUGGUGAGGACGAUGGAUUCGCUACUGUCGGACGUGGUGGUAAGACCCUCCAGUACACCCCCGAGAGCAUCCUCAAGCACCUCCGUGUUAUCGUUGAGUCCCGCGGAAAGAAGAACACCGACCGUGCCGACCAGAUCCGCACCAUGCAGAAGCUCCUCGAGGUUGCCACUACUCCUUACCAACGCAUCCGCACCUACAUGACCCUGAUCUCCACCCGCUUCGAUCUUACUGCCACAUCCAACGCCACCUACAUGUCAAGUGAGCAAUGGCAAGCCGCAAACGAGGAAUACUCUGCUCUCCUUUCCGUGUUGGAAGAGAACCGCCAAUUCCUUGUCAGCGAAGUCGCCGAUGAGUGGGAGGAUGAUGAGAAGCAACCUACUGUUGCUGAAGGCGAGACCUUCUUCAUUCCCGGAUCCGUCGUAUCCCUUGUGGAGCACCUCGACGACAGCCUCACAAAGGGUCUCCGCGAGAUUGACCCCCACACCUCAGAGUACAUCGAGCGCCUGACAGAUGAGCAGGCACUUUACUCCUCCCUGGUUCGCUCGCAGCUUUACGUUGAGAGUCUCAAGGGUGCCGAUAAGAAUGGCCAGGACAGCAUGAACAGACUGGUUAUCAGACGGUUGGAGCACAUUUACUUCAAGCCCGCUAAUGUCAUUGCCAUUGUCGAGCAGGCCAAGGACAAGGCAGUUCCCACAAAUAUCAAGUCAGCAGUCACUGCUACCUAUAAGUCUGGGGAUAUCCAGAGCCUCGUGGCCUCUAUUUGCAACUACUUGUUCGAACACAGCGAUGGCAUUCCCCGCGCUCGCGCCAUGCUCUGCCAAAUUUACUUCCUUGCUCUGCACGACCAAUACUACAAGUCCCGUGAUUUGAUGCUCAUGUCUCAUCUGACUGAAAACAUCGCCACUUUCGACGUCAGCACCCAGAUCCUCUUCAACCGCACCCUUGUUCAGAUCGGUCUCUGUGCCUUCCGUGCUGGUCUCAUCUACGAGGCCCAGAACACCCUUGGUGAGAUCUGCGGCAGCGGCCGCCAAAAGGAGCUUCUUGCGCAGGGUAUCAUCAUGCAGCGUUACUCCACUGUCUCGCCCGAGCAGGAGCGUCUGGAACGCCAGCGCCAGCUGCCCUUCCACAUGCACAUCAACCUCGAGUUGCUUGAGUGCGUUUACCUCACCAGCAGUGCUUUGCUUGAGGUACCUCUGAUGGCCCAGACCUCCUCCACCCCCGAGCUGCGCCGCCGCAUGAUCUCCAAGACCUUCCGCCGCAUGUUGGACUACAAUGAGCGCCAGAACACCCGCGACGGUGUUAUUGCUGGUGCCAAGGCUCUUGCUGCUGGUGACUGGAAGCUCUCCGCCUCUACAUUCGCCGCGAUUAAGAUCUGGGACCUCAUGCCCCAGCCCGAGUUGAUCAAGGCCAUGCUGUCCCGCCAGACCCAAGAGGAGGGUCUGCGCACCUACCUCUUCACCUACGCCCCUUACUACGACAGCCUCUCCAUCUCUUCUCUGGCCACCAUGUUCGAACUCGAGCCCAAGAAGAUUGUCUCCAUCAUCUCCCGCAUGAUCUCGCACGAAGAGCUCGCCGCCGCUCUCGACCAGGUCAACGACGCCAUUAUCUUCCGCAAGGGCGUCGAGCUCUCCCGUCUCCAGUCCCAGAUUGUCACCCUGGCCGACAAGUCUACCAGCCUUCUCGAGUCCAACGAGAAGACCCUCGAACAGCGCACUCAGGGUAUGGCCAAUGCCUUCCAGCGCGAACACGGUCCCGGUGCCCGUGGCGGCCGCGGUGGUCGCGGUCGUGGCGGUGGUCGUGGCGGUGCUCGCAUUCCCCAGGGCGAUCGCCGACCUGGUGGCCAGCAGUUCGGUGGUGGUGCAUUGGGCGCAGCGAUUAAGGCUUAG